ACAGAAGUAGAACAACAACAUUAUUUAGAACAUUAUAGCGAGAUAUUAAAGUCCAGGCAGUGCACAGGUAAAACAAUAUCCGACAAAGUCUUUGACGGAAAGGCCAUGUUUCAAGUCAUUUUAUGCGCGAGUAUUUUCGCUCUUUCUGGAGGGCUGAUGUUUGACGAUGGCCCUUGUGAUCUGUCACCAAACGGCAUGCCAGAUCCGGACCACUCUAUGAACUACAAGAUCGAGGUUCCGAAGUCGUGCGUAAACGGUACCUUCCGCUGGGACUACCCCAGAGGCACAGCGGUCCUCUAUUUUGCAGACUACACUAAGACCACCACCGUGUGCUUCCGGGAACUAGUGGGUGGGUGGGAUUACACACUGACCGACUUGACGCCGGGGCAUGGUAACGCCACUUUGCCCCAUAUUCAAGAUAGGGACAGAUCAAUCCCUAUUUGCACGAAUUCAACCUUCGUUGAUAGCCUGGUCAUACAGGUGAAACCGGACCACCUAGUCUACGUGGGAGAAUUCAUCUACCAGCUGAAAUUCAAAUGAAAUGUGUCGUGCUCAAAUACGUUACUUAUAUACUAGUAUACGGUUAGCGUUCCAAAUAAACAACAGUUAUUCUAACGGCGGUAAAUUA